AUGUCAACAGCAGCAGCAGCAGUCGCCGCCGCCGCCGACCGCCUCAUCGUCGCGGCGGCCACGCGCAUCCCUUGCGGGCCCAUCCGUGACCUCAUCGGCUCGACCGACCAGGCGUCCGCAUACGCCGUACAGCAAGCCAUCACGGCGCACCGGCUGGCACAGCCCAACCCGCCGCGCAGGACGGGGCGCAAGAUUGGGCUGACGUCCAAGCGGGUGCAGGCGCAGAUUGGCGUCGACCAGCCCGAUUUUGGCGUCCUCUUCUCGGACGCGCACUAUACCCGCCAGGUGCCCGCCGCGACGCUCCUCCACCCCAAGGUCGAGGCCGAGGUGGCGUUUGUGCUCUCGCGCGACCUCGACGGCGAGGUCACCCCCACUACGGUACGCGAGGCCGUCGACUACGCCGUCGCGGCGAUCGAGGUCGUCGAUUCGCGUAUCGCAAACUGGGACAUCACAUUCGCGGACACGGUGGCCGACAAUGCCAGCUUUGGCGCGUACCUCCUCGGCGAGGACCGCAAGACGCUAGCGGGUGGCUUCAGCCCUGUCGACGUCGCCAUGAAGAUGUGGGUCGACGGCAAGCUCGUGUCAGAGGGCAAGGGCGCCGACUGCCUCGACGACCCGAUCAACGCGGUGGUUUGGCUUGCCAACAAGUCCAAGGAGCUCGGUGAGCCCCUCCGUAAGGGCGAAGUCGUGCUCAGCGGCGCGUUGGGCCCCAUGGCCGCAGUCAAGGCUGGGUCCAAGGUCGAGGUUGAGAUUACCGGGCUGGGGAACGUGAGCGCAGAGUUUGUGUAG